CACAGAAAUCAUAAACAUACAAACAACGAGUGUUUAAUUUUGAGUCACUGUAGCAGCAAAAGCAAGUGAAGUAACUGUGAGAGUGAGAAGGCAAACAGAAACCAUUAAGCCAUAAAUUAAGUGCUAAAACAAAUUAAAUAAAAUAAUUUUGUAGGAUAAAGUGCAGCAUAGUGCUGGAGAUUGAAGAGUGUGUGGAAAUUUUAAUCAAAUGAUAUUAAAUAAGACACAGUGUAGCUGAUGGUACCGCGACACUACUUAGGAGCUCUCGUGUUGCUAGUGUCAUCACUAGCACCAUCGAGAGUCUCCUCCAACUCUAAUGCCAUUAUUCCGUCGACCAAUGUUUAUGAAUCGCAUUUUAGAUGGUAUGUUCGUCGAGCAAAGUAUACAAAAUUAACCAGAAUUGAUGGAAAAGUUGUACUAAUUACUGGCGCUAAUACUGGCAUUGGCAAGGCAAACGCCAUUGAUUUAGCUCGACGAGGUGGAAAGAUUUAUAUCGCAUGUCGUGAUGAGUUGCGUGGUCAGAAAGCUUUAAAAGAAAUUAAACUGGCAAGCGGAAGUAUCAACGUUCACUUAUUGAAGCUUGAUUUAGCUUCCUUAGAUUCAGUCAGAGAAUUUUCCAAGGAAUUUCAUAAAUUAGAAAGGAAACUUCAUAUUUUGAUUAACAAUGCGGGUGUGAUUGGCCCGCAGAGAACAACAAAAGAUGGAUUUGAAUUAACUUUCGGUGUUAAUCAUCUUGGACAUUUUUUGCUUACUAAUUUACUUCUUGAUCUUAUAAAAGAAGCUGCACCAAGUCGCAUUGUUGUCGUGUCAUCGACAGCUCAUAAAUUGGGAAAAAUUACAAGAGAAGAUCUCAUGAGAAUUCAUAAUUACAAAGAGUUUUCCGUGUACUCCCAAAGUAAAUUAGCAAAUGUUCUGUUUGCAAAUGAAUUGGCUAGAAAACUUAAAGGAACCGGUGUCACUGUCAAUUCAUGUCAUCCAGGUGUUGUCAAAACAGAAAUUGGUCGUGAUGUCUCCUAUCAGACAUACUUUGAAGCUUUGUUCGGUCCAUGGAUGAAAACUGUUGAAGAAGGCGCACAGACACAAAUUCGCUUAGCUGUUGACCCUGAAUUGGAAAAUGUUACUGGGAAAUAUUUCGCAGAUUGUGAAGAAGACACAAUGUCGAAAUAUGCUAAAGACGAAGAAUUAGCUGCUUGGUUAUGGUACUUGCGACGAGCUAAGUACACAGAUUCAACGAAAAUUCCUGGUAAAGUUGUGGUCAUAACCGGGGCUAAUACUGGGAUCGGGAAGGAAAAUGCAAUUGAUUUAGCUAAACGUGGAGCUAAAGUGUACAUCGCAUGUCGUGAUGAACAACGAGGCAAAGCUGCUUUGAGAGAAAUCAAGGUCUACAGUGGCAACAACAACGUUCACCUUUUACAGCUUGAUUUGGCUUCUUUAGAUUCAAUUCGAGAGUUUUCAAAGAACUUCCAUAAGAUGGAAAAUAAACUUGACAUCUUGAUUAACAAUGCAGGUUUAGUUAGUGAUAAAAAACAGAAAACAAAAGAUGGAUUCGAUUUAGUGUUUGGCGUCAAUCAUCUCGGACCAUUUUUGCUAACAAAUUUGCUUCUUGACAUGGUUAAAAAAGCAACACCAAGUCGUAUUAUAAUGCUGUCUUCGACUGCUCAUAAGUAUGGGAAAAUAGUUACAGAUGACUUGAUGAAUGACAAGAAAUAUGUAGGAUGGAAUGCUUAUUGUCAUAGCAAACUAGCAAAUGUGCUGUUUGCAAAUGAAUUGGCAAGAAAACUUAAAGGAACUGGUGUCACUGUCAAUUCAUGUCAUCCAGGUGGAGUCAAAACCGACAUUUUUAGAAAUUCAUCAAUUAUCAUCAAAUUUCUGACAAUAAUUCUUGAUCCAUGGAUGAAAACUGCUGAAGAAGGCGCACAGACACAGAAUCGUAUGGCAGUUGAUCCUUCAUUGGAAAAUGUUACUGGAAAAUAUUUCGCUGAUUGUACUGAAGAUUCAAUGUCGAAUGAUGCUAAAGAUGAACAAUUAGCUGCUUGGUUGUAUAAAAAGAGUGCAGAAUUCUCAUUCAAUAUGAGCUCGUGGGAUAUUUUUUUAAUUAUUUCACUGUCACUCUACGUUCUGAGUUGGUAUCUUCGUCGGGGAAGGUUUAAUAAAUCAUCAAGAAUCGAUGGAAAAGUUGUACUCAUUACUGGUGCUAAUACAGGUCUCGGCAAAGGCACAGCAAUUGAUUUAGCUCGACGUGGUGGAAAAAUUUACAUUGCAUGUCGUGAUGAGCGACGUGGUGAAAAAGCUUUGACGGAAAUUAAACUUGCAAGCGGAAGCAGCAAUGUUCACUUAUUAAAUCUUGAUUUGGCUUCUUUGGAUUCAAUUCGGAAAUUUUCAGAGAACUUUCACAAGUUAGAGACCAAAAUUGAUGUUCUGAUCAACAAUGCUGGACUUUCAAGCAACAGUCAUCGCAAAACAGUUGACGGCUUUGAACUAACUUUGGGUGUCAAUCAUCUCGGACCUUUCUUAUUAACAAAUUUACUUCUUGAUCUUAUUAAAAAAGCUGCACCAAGUCGAAUUAUUGUGAUAUCAUCGAGUGCACAUAAAUAUUUUGCAAAUAUCAACAAACAUGAUUUGAUGUUUGAAAAAAGUUAUCAUUUCUUUCUGGCUUACGGUCAAAGUAAAUUAGCCAACAUUCUCUUUUCAAAUGAAUUGGCAAGAAAGCUUAAUGGAACAGGUGUCACAGUUAACUCAUGUCAUCCCGGCGUUAUACGAACAAAAAUCACACGAGAUCUUGGCUUUUGGGAUGCUGUCUAUAUGUUGAUAAAUCCAUGGCUUAAGACAGUCGAAGAAGGAAUACAAACCCAAAUUCGUUUAGCUGUCGAUCCUGCAUUAGAAAAUGUCACUGGAAAGUAUUUUGCUGAUUGUGAAGAAGCUUCAAUGUCUAACAAUGCCAAGAAUGAAGAAUUAGCUGCGUGGUUGUAUGAAAAGAGCGCAGAUUCAGUCUCUUUUUUACGCUCAAGCUUUACUGUCACCGUGUUGUUUGAAGCUAUGGACGCUUGGAAUAUUUUUCUGAUUAUCUUCUACUUUCUGUUUAUUCUGAGAUGGUAUCUUCGUCGUCCAAAAUAUUCAAAACCAACGAAAAUUGAUGGAAAAGUUGUGAUCAUAACUGGAGCUAACACUGGGAUUGGUAAAGCAAACGCGAUUGAUUUAGCACGACGUGGCAGUAAGAUUUACAUCGCAUGUCGUGAUAUUCAACGUGGUGAAGCUGCGUUGAAAGAAAUUAAACUGGCAAGUGAAAGCAGAAACGUUCACUUCUUGCAACUUGAUUUAGCAUCGUUAGAUUCAAUUCGACAGUUUGCCAUUGAAUUUCAUAAGAAAGAGAAGAAACUCGACAUCUUAAUUAAUAACGCGGGACUAGUUAGUGGAGUGAAAGAUAAAACGAAAGAUGGAUUUGAAUUGACGUUUGGCGUGAAUCAUCUCGGACCUUUUCUUUUAACUAAUUUACUUUUAGAUUUAUUAAAGAAUGCUUCACCAAGUCGAAUUGUUAUAGUGUCGUCAUAUACUCACGUUUUUGGAAAAAUAAAUAAAGACGAUUUGAUGUACGAUAAGAAAUACAAUGGAACGAUUGCUUAUGCUCAAAGUAAACUCGCGAAUAUUCUUUUCUCGAAUGAAUUAUCAAGAAGACUCAUUGGGACUGGAGUUACUGUCAAUUCAUGUCAUCCCGGCCUUGUCAAAACUGAUAUUAUGCGUAAAUGGAGCUUCAAGAGAUAUUACGAGGUUGCCAUUAGUCCGUGGUUAAGAACACCUGAAGAGGGUGCUCAAACUCAAAUACGAUUAGCUGUCGAUCCCGAUUUGGAACGAGUCUCAGGAAAAUAUUUUUCCAACUGCAAGGAAACUGGAACGGCAAAGAAAGCAAAGGAUGAAGAAUUAGCUGCUUGCAUGUCUGAGACGAAACAAAUUCAUCUCAAACUGGGCAUCGUGAUAACUGAGGAACCAGAAUUUACUGAAACUAUAGAGAAUGUCACCGUACCUGCAGGAAGGAAUGUUAAAUUGGCGUGUUCUGUAAAAAAUUUAGGAUCUUACAAGGUCGCUUGGAUGCACUUCGAGCAAUCAGCAAUAUUGACUGUACAUAAUCAUGUAAUUACUAGAAACCCACGAAUAUCUGUGACACAUGAUAAGCAUGAUAAAUACAAGACGUGGUUCUUGCACAUUGCUAAUGUCCAGGAAGAAGAUAAAGGAAGGUACAUGUGUCAAAUAAAUACAGUGACAGCAAAAACACAAUUCGGAUACGUUCAUGUUGUCGUCCCACCGAAUAUUGAUGACAGUUUGAGUUCAAGUGACGUUAUUGUUCGUGAAGGCUCAAACAUAACUUUGAAAUGUCGAGCACACGGCUCGCCACAACCAACCAUCAAAUGGAAGCGUGACGACAAUUCAAAAAUAAACAUCAAUAAAUCAUUGAGCGUCUUCGAAUGGGAUGCUGAAAUGCUUGAAAUCACAAGAAUAUCACGUUUGGAUAUGGGAGCAUAUUUAUGCAUUGCUCAAAACUCAGUUCCGCCAAGUGUCAGCAAAAGGAUUAAAGUCAGCGUUGACUGUAAGUAUUUAUUUGUCUUAAACAUUUUGACGCUGAAAUUUUAA